UGGUUAUUCCAUAUUUGACUCCUUUUAAAAUCAGAAACAUUUUAACAAACAAGCGUUGCUAUCAACAAACGCUAUCAUUCCAACAUGGUUCAUUCUGCAGGUUGUGCCCUGAGAGCGUUGCUGGCAGUGAUCUAUUUGUCAUCAACCCUCGCGAAUUCAUAUGUAUGCCAACCUGAUACAUGUAGGAAUUCAGGCACGUGCAGCCCGCGUUUUUACUGGCCUUACUAUCACUGCGACUGUAUCCAUGGAUACUACGGACACCAUUGUGAACAUCUGCUCGCUUCGCCGACCACACAACCAAUUGUGACUACAUCUACACCAGCACCAACACAACCAACAACAAGGUCGCCCAAAACUACACCGUUGACACGAAGGUUGACGUCUACACCGGGAACAACAAUAAAACCAUUGGCAAGAUUCCAUUGUUCCAAAUACUUGGUUGUGUAUAACCUUGCUGAAAGUAUUGUAUCCACACACGAAAACGCCACAACCUGCUCGUCGGCUUUCGUCCUCGAUACCUGCCCGGUUAAGCACCCGGCGGAGUGGCGUGUUGGCAGAAAGAUAAUGACGAAUUGUGAUACCAUUCCAGCCUACACUGCUAUUGUUUCUAGCACUGGGAACCAGCACGUUUCUAAGAACUCUAUAUCCGGUAUAUUUAUAGAGUGUCUCAACAAUCCCGAUGGAUUUAAGAUGGCGGUUCAGAACUGUGACAGCGCCCCCUACAUUGAGCACGUGGUCAGUCGAGGCAACAACGAUAGGACAGACCCGGAUAUCUACUUUACCAUCAGUUAAAUUUUGAUGACGUGUUUAUGAAAUUUCUGUUGGAAUUUCUGUUCAAUUAUAUCAUUUUCUUUACCGAACAGAACAGACAUUUUUUUCCUUAAGCAUCAGCUUAAUCCACCAAGAUUGUAGCUUAAGCAACAUCUCAUCGUCACAUCACACAAAUAUAAAACACACGCACGCACGCACGCACGCACGCACGCACGCACACACACACACACACAAAAUCAAUACAUAUAUAUGUACAUUUAAAUUGGCAAUGACUUUGCUGAUUAUAUGUUCAUAUAGUCAUAUAUCACGCAUCCAACACAAAUGACGAAACGCUUUUGGUCCAGGGCUGGUCACAUGGUGACCCCAUAUUUUUCCAUAUUGGGUCACCAAAUUUAUAUCGUACCAAAAAUGGCGUCUAUUUUCCGAUUCCGAUGAAUAUUCCGAUGAAUAAAUGAAACACAUAAACAUGAAAACAGGUGGUCGACGUGAUAUAUACGUUACGGCAUUGGUAGGUGACCCGAUAUGGGAUAUACGGGGCGCAGAAAACAAUAUCGGGUCACCAACUAACCCAAUAACUUAAAUUAUUGAUUGCAUAUUUUCGUGGUACGAUAAGCAUGUGUAUCAGUGUUUUACACCUUUUUGUGAAUUGGCCAGGGCCUUAAGAAUUAUGAAAAAAGCGACAU